CUACGUGUGUGACAUUUGGCCAAGUGGUCGCACCGGUGGUGGGUUCCUGCAGGUGCUGGAGGCUGGUCCCCCCUCUCCUCCGACCGGAGCCAGUGGCUGCAGGUGGACCUGGGCGGACGCACCAGGGUGUGUGCGGUGUCCACGCAGGGCCGCUACGGCAGCUCUGAUUGGCUCACGUCGUACCUGCUGAUGUUCAGCGACGCCGGACACAACUGGAAGCAGUACAGGCAGGAGGACAGCACGGGGGCUUUUCCAGGAAACACCAACGCCGACAGCGUGGUCCAGUUGAAGCUGCAGCAGCCGCUCAUCGCUCGCUUCCUGCGCCUCAUCCCUCUGGACUGGAACCCCAACGGCAGGAUCGGCCUCCGGCUGGAGAGCUACGGCUGCCGUCACGCCUCUGACGUGUUGAGCCUCGGGACCGGCAGCAGCCUGGUGUUCUCGCCGGGUCCUGGACCGCGGCCGACGUCCGCAGACGUCGUCUCCCUGAGCUUUAAAACGCUGGGGAAGCGUGGGACUCUGCUGCGCGCAGACGGACGAGGAGGCCUGAGCCUCAGCCUGGAGCUGGACAGAGGGAAGCUCCAGCUGCUCGUCAGACAAGACGGGGCCUCCUCCUCUGAAGCUCGGCAGCUCGCCUCUCUCGGCAGCCUGUUGGACGAUCAGCAGUGGCACCACGUGUUGCUGGAGAGGCACGGAGUCCACCUGACCCUUAGCGUGGACAAGCACACGGAGCAGGUCCAGGUCCCUGCAGGGUUCAGCCUGUGGGACAUGGAAGAGCUGAGUGUGGGAGCAGGACAGAGCCCCGACCUGUUCCACGGCUGCCUGGAGAACCUGCUCUACAACCACCUCAACCUGAUCCAACUGGCCAAACACGAGGACCCCCGGGUCGCUGCAGCGGGUAACGUGACCUUUUCUUGUGCUGAGCCUGUUUCCGUUGCCGUGACGUUCCCCGGCCCCCAGAGCUUCCUCCAGCUGCCGGGACCCUCGGCGCCUGCGUUGGACGGCUUCUCUGUGGGCUUCCAGUUCAGGACAUGGAACAAGGCGGGUCUCCUGCUGACCUUUGACCUGCCUCAGCACCGCGGGACGGUCUGGCUGUGCCUGAGUGACGCCAGGCUUCUGCUCCGGGUUCAGAGGGACGGCAGUGCAGAGCUGGAGCUCAGUGCGGGCUCGGUUCUGAACGACGGCCAGUGGCAUUCAGUGGCGCUGACCUCCCGACCAGGACGACUGCGCGUGGCUGUGGAUGGAGACGGAGGAGGAGCCGCUCACGCCAGCCCCUCGUUUCCUGUCACUGCAGCUCAUCAGCUCUUCUUCGGUGGCUGUCCUCCUCUUCCUCCUCCUCCUCCUCACCACAGCGCAGGCUGUAGGAACCCGUUCGGCAUCUUCCAGGGCUGCAUGCGUCUCCUCUCUGUGGACAACGAGGCGGUGGACCUGACCUUGGUGCAGCAAAGGCUGAUGGGAAACUACAGCCAGCUGCAGAUUGACAUGUGUGGCAUGAUUGACAGGUGUUCUCCCAGCCGCUGUGAGCACGGAGGCCGCUGCAGUCAGACCUGGACCGUCUUCCACUGUAACUGCUCUGACAGCGGCUACAGCGGCGCCACCUGCCACAGCUCUGUUUUCGAACCGUCCUGUGAAGCCUACAAGCACAACGGGAACACGUCGGGGCAUUUCUACAUCGACGUGGACGGCAGCGGACCCGUCCGACCCCAGCUGGUCUACUGCAACAUGACAGAGAACACGUGGAUGGUGAUUCAACACAACAACUCGGAGCUGACCAGGCUCCAGCCGACUCCAGGGGAGAACCAGCAUUUAGUUCACUUCGACUACUCGUCCCAGGAGGAACAGCUGCUGGCUGCGAUCAGCCAAUCAGAUCACUGCCAGCAGGAGCUGACCUACCGCUGCCGGAGGUCCCGCCUCCUCAACACCCCCGAGGGCGCCCCGUUCAGCUGGUGGCUCGGUGGGACCGGUUCUGGUCUGCAGACGUACUGGGGCGGAGCUCAUCCAGGCAGCCAGCAGUGCGUGUGCGGCCUGCGGGGCGACUGCGUGGACCCACAGCACUACUGCAACUGUGACGCCGACCGCAUGGAGUGGGCUGAGGACUCGGGCCUGCUGACCCAUAAGGAGAGCCUCCCUGUCAGGGCUCUGGUUCUGGGCGACAUCCAGAGGCCGGGGUCCGAGGCCGCCUACCGGGUGGGGCCGCUGCGUUGUCAUGGAGACAAGAACUUCUGGAACGCUGCGUUCUUCGACAAGGAGACGUCGUACCUCCACUUCCCCACCUUCCACGGAGAGCUCAGCGCCGACAUCUCCUUUCUGUUCAAAACCACGGCUUCCUCCGGCGUCUUCCUGGAAAACCUGGGCAUCAAAGACUUCAUCCGCAUCGAGCUGAGCACCUCCAACCAGGUGACCUUCUCCUUCGACGUGGGCGCCGGCCCGCUGCAGGUCCACGUGGCGUCGAGCCGCCCGCUCAGCGACGGCCGCUGGCAUCGGGUCCGAGCCGAGCGCAACGUGAAGGAGGCGCUGCUGCAGGUGGACCGACUUCCUGCCGCCACGCAGGAGGCGCCGGCCGACGGACACUUCCACCUUCAGCUCAACAGCCAGCUGUUCAUAGGAGGCACGGCGUCUCGGCAGAAAGGCUUCCGAGGAUGCAUCCGCUGGCUGCGGCUGAACGGCGCCACCCUGGACCUGGAGGAGCGGGCCAGGAUGACCCCCGGGGUUCGGCCCGGCUGCCCGGGUCACUGCAGCAGCUACGGCUCCUUCUGCCAGAACGGCGGCCGGUGCAGGGAGCGCUCCAGCGGCUUCGCCUGCGACUGCAGCCGCUCGGCCCACGCUGGAGCUUUCUGCCACGCAGAGGUGUCUGCCGGCUUCAGGUCAAGCACGUCCAUCAGCUACACCUUCAUGAGGAACAGCAGCGCUGUGUCGUCCUCCGUCCUCUCUGACGCAGGAGAGGAGGUGUCUCUGAGCUUCAGGACGAGCCAGAGUCCGGCUCUGCUGCUCUACGUCAGCUCCCACUACAGGCAGUACCUGGCUGUGCUCAUCAACGCGCGAGAUGAGCUGGAGGUGCGGUACAAGCUGGACGGCGGCCGAGAGGCGGAGGUGCUGAGGAGCUCCGUGGGGAGUCUGGCCAACGGACAGCUGCACUGGGUGAACAUCAGGAGGACGGACUCGGUGUCUGUGCAGGUGGACCAGAAUGCCAGAGAAGACUUCAACCUCACCUCUGAUGGAGAAUUCAAAGCCAUCAGGUCUCUGGUGCUGGGCCGAGUCUACGGUUCUGAUGAGCUGGAUCCGGACCUGUCCGGGCCGGCGUCUCUUGGCUUCACCGGCUGCCUGUCCGGGGUUCUCUUUAACUCCAUCAGUCCUCUGAAGGCCGCUCUGCUCCAGGCUCCGGAUCCGGAUCCGGCUCCAGGCCUCGGCCUCGUCGUCACCGGGCCUUUGCUCCGCUCCAGCUGCGGUUCCGCAGGUCCAGCUGACGGCCACGCAGCAGACAGCGCGCCUGGCCUGGCAGACCCGUCUGGAUCCGUGGGCUCGGGUCAACCUCAGGUCAACACCAUCAGGACCAACUCAGCUCUGAUUGGAGGAGUCAUAGCCGCGGGGAUCUUCCUGCUCGUCAGCGGUCUGGCCGUCGCUGCCAGGUUCCUGUACCGGAGGAAAGAAACGACGUCAAGGUCCAACGGGCCGACAGCCAGGACUUCAGGAGCGGGACGGACCCUCGCGGCGUUGUGUGAAAACCCAGAGCAGCGUUUCAUAGUCACUGUUUGAAGUGAGCGCCGCCGUGUGACCUCAUCGCCAGCUCCUCCGUCUGUGGGUGGACACGGGGUCCGUGUGUCGCCCCGUUGUCAUGGACGACCGGGAGCAUCGGGACGAGUGGGACAGUAAGAAUUCAGCAGGUGACGCGUCUGCGGAGCCGUGGCUGCUGCUAAUUAUCCAGCCCACCUGCGGUUGGAGUCAUUAGACCACGCGCGUCCCCCCAUCAUCUAAUGACCGCGUCAGCUCGGCCUCGCUGCUCCUGGAGAUCAGACGUUCGACCCAACAACUAAUUGCACAUGAUUUGCAUUCAGGGAGACGUUGGAGGAGCGGAGCAGUCGAUUCCACCAGCAGGAGACGCAUUCAAGUGUUACAGAACCUGCCUCUGAUGGUAGACGCUGCCGCUGAUCUGAGCUGAGAGUGAAAAACAGGAUCCCGUGAACAGAAGAGUCGGAGCCUCUUACAUCUCACGUCCACCUGGAUCCAUCUUUCUGCUCAUCUGUAUUGACAGCGGGCAGCGAGCCAGCGCUAACGGUGGCCAUUAAUCAGCGAGUAUCACUGUAACACAUCACUGAUGCUGUUUGGGCCCAAGGUCAGAGCACCGUGAUGGAUUAUUAGUUUACAAGGUUCUGAACAACCCACGACAAAGACGGAUGUGUGUGAAGCAGGAAGACUUUUUUCUCAGAGCAGCCAAAUGAAGGACGGCGCGUCCUGUGGACGGGACCGGGAACCACGGCUUGACUCACUGCUCAGACCUAAACUACAUGACUAAUAAACCAAGUAUAAGAAAGUGAUUGUACCUACUCCUGCCCUGUUCUGCAGAGUCGUGAGCUUGGAUGCAUCUAAGCCAGGGGUGGGCAAACCUGGUCCUCGAGCGCCGCUGUCCUGCUGGUUUUCCAACUCUCCCUGCACCAGUUACGGCUGAUUACCUGGAUCAGGUGUGUUCAGUCAAUCAGUAGGUGAAAGGGAACUGACACACCUGAUGGAGGUGAUCAGCCGGGAGAGUUGGGAAACCAGCAUGGACACUGGCCCUCGAGGACCAGGAUUGCCCACCCCUGAUCUAAGCCCUGACGGAUGCACUGCUCAUGGGCUGAGGCAGCUUCAGAACGUGAUGAACUGUGAUGUUUUUGGUUCACGCUUCCACUCAGGCUGAGGACUGUGCGUUGACAGCGGUUGCCCAGUAACAGGGAGGCGCUCUUUGACUUCUCAGGCUGCAGCGUCGUCCUCUGGGUCGGUCGUCCGGAGCAGACGGCCGUUCUGGUCAUUAGUCACAUCCUGCUCCGGUCCUGAUCAGCUAGAUCAGGUCACUCUUUACAGUUCAGAUAAAUAAGGCUCAUGCUAAUUAAACUAUUAAACUUAAUAUUAGAGCUGCUUCUGCAUUUCUGACCGUCUGACUGGACCGUGGGAGCCUCUGACUGGUGCAUGGCUGGUUUCUCUGCAGCCCAGUGCUUCGUGUCUGCAGGUCAGAAGGUUUCAUGAUUAGAGCUGAAGCGUCUCUUCUGUUUGAUUUCCAGGUAGUUUCCUCUUUGCAUCGCUCACAUCGCUGACCUCCCACAGCUCCAUCUGCUCCAGAGUCCUGUUGUUCAUCCAUUUCAUCUGUCAGUGAGUAACCAGCAUUCUCCAUUGUUUUCAUCGUUCAGAUCCUCUUCAUUCAGUCCCCACGGUGAGACGAUGAUGUCCCUUUCUCUGUUUAACCACUAGUUCGUCCGUUGUGGGUUUUUCUCGUCUGCUUCAUGCGUUGUUGUUUCUUUGUGCUGUUGCAGUUGAAUGUGAGCCGCUUCGAGCGACUCGUUGUCGAGUGUUUUCUUGCCAAUAUGUUGAGGCACACGCUGAUUACAAUCGACUGAGACAGACACAAACACCGCAGUCGUCGGCCUGUGAUGGAGUCUCAUCCAGGCCUUGAACGGCUCAGGUUCGUGGCUCUUGGUGACAGUCGUGUCUUAUGCAGAGGUGCUGAUGGUGAAACGCAGGAGCGAGGUGUGUGCGGCCUGUGGUUUAUCCCAACACUCACAGACGAUGACAGUGGAACCAGACUCAGAUGAUGAGCUUCAAACUGAGAGUUUCUCUGCUGCGGUUUUGUCCAUUUUCUCUUUGUCUGUCACUGUUUGCAGCUGGUGGACGUGUGACAGACGCAUAGAUGAGCCUCCGACUGUGAGCCGGAGCCUCUGAAGCCACAUCAGUCGUCCUCUCUCCCCCUCCUCCCCCUCCUCCCCCUCUGCCCUCUCACCCCCCCCUCCCAUCAUCUUUCCCUUUGUCUCGUUUUGGCGUCCACCCUCAGUGUGAGGCUUCGUUCUCCUCUUAUAUAAACUUCACAGAGGGUUUUAUUGAUCCAAUGUCCUUUGAACUUAUUGUCAGAUUUAUGAAAAAUCUCCAGACAGAAACAUCAGAGCCUAGAAAGGAUUUCACAGUCGCUUAUCUUCUCCAGAUGUCUGUGUUUGAAUGUGUUCUGGGUGUCGUUCAUCCACAGACGUGUGACACUAACGGAUGUUGUGUAAAUGUUAUGACAGGCGCGUUAUUUCGCUUUAAUGGAAUUGCUCAUUAGGGGAAAUGAGGCUGAGCUGAUGUCCAUGUGCUAACAGACGUGUUCCUGCUGAGCUCUGUCAGACUCACAGGCGUCAAACCCCCAAACAUCUCUUCUACUGAUGAUAAUUACUCUAUGUUCAUAUUGGAACAGCCCAUCCUGAGUGUGUGCAUAUCACUUACUCUGAUGCUGAAGAGUUUGACUUGACACGCUGAUGCCCAACCUGUCGCACAGGAAAACAUGAAGUUACACGACUACUGGAAUCGUUGCAGAAUAAAACCAGGCGCUGACGGACACAAACACGGAACUGAUACUACAGGACGUUAAAGACAAGAGAGAACGGAGGGAGCUGCAGUGUGAUGGACGAGGGACGGACGAGACCAAGCCAGAGGCACAGCGAGCGGUGACAGACUGUCUCUCUGCUCGGCUGAUUCAAUGACAGGCAGCAAACCAAAGCGCCUCCACCUCCAGUCAUUUGUCCUGAGCUCCUAAAGAUGGAACCAGACUCCAGGAAGCCGCUGCAGCCGCAGGUUUUCACUGAACAGAGGCCGAAACUGGAUCUGCGGCCACUCUGCAUUUUAAUCCAUGUGAAGCUUUGCUCGGGACGUUCCAGCUGUUCUGUGGGUCUGGUUUAACGACACCGUGUGCUCAGAAAUGAAUGACUUCACUAUAGAAAAUGAAAAUGAGCGCCUGUAACUCUCAGACUUGUCAUCGCUUCACUUCACUCAACAAGCUGCAACAAGAGAAGCGGCCGUCGUGAAAACCAAGCUGCUGAGUUUCUGUGUUUUGCCAGUAUUCUGUCAAUGUUUUACAACUGAAGAUGAAAUGAUCCACAUUUCUGCUCUCAAACAACGAGACGCACAAUUUACUCAAUAACAAUUAGCUUCUUUUCUAUUGAACUAUCUUGUGUCCAACAUGAAAUAAAGCACAAAUGUGAUUUAUUCUGGAAACUGC